AUGUCAUCAAAAGAACCCACUGAUAAAAUUGAAUGCAGUGUAAAAUCAGAAAAAAGAAAUCGCGUUUCCGUGAAUCCAUCCCGGUCAACAACUCCCAAAAGUAUGUCAUCAAAAGAUAGGCGAGCACUCUAUGUACUCAAAACUUUCGCUAAAACUUUAAAGAAAGACGGUGUGCUCCCAGACAUUGACGAGAAUCUACGCAACGAAAUAAGCUCAGAAUAUAGCCUAGAAAUUUUACUUCGAAACAUUGGACAGAAUAGCCACUUCAUACAAGCUAAUUUGCGUAAUGAUUACUCUUCAAAGCACUUUUCGGCUGUUUGUGGUUGCUACGUCGAAGUAUUUGAUAAUGAAUCAUCUACCGUUGAGGCUGUCAAUGAAUCUGUGGAAAUUCAUUCCUCAAAACCUGAAAUGAAAUACGCUAAAUUGGAGGAACCUUCUUCUUUUCCUCGAUUUUGUCGAUAUUGCAGGUCGGAAAUUGACACCGAUAAUGUGACUUGCAACUACUGUAGAGGAUUUCUGAACGAAUUUUGUGUUAAUCUCGAUCGCCUUGAAUAUGCUUUUUGCGUGAAAAAGCCCACGUGUAUUACUGCUGAAAGUAUGUCAGAGAGCUCAAAGUCUAUCCCUACAUCUUGGUGUAAUGCUUGUCGAAUAUUUCAUAGUGUAAAUCAAGGUUUCCGACCGUACAGUCAUUUAAAGCGCAAAGCCAGACACCCUGGUUUUUUUAGUUACUUCUAUCCCACUCGACUCUCUCAAAAGGAGAACCUUAUUUGGGCUCGCAAUAAGAGAUGCGUUGAGUACUUUACUCACAGGAUGAAGUCCCAAGUGCCCAUUGAAACUCGCAGUACAUGUGAGUUUGCUCCCUUUUUUGACCGCUUGUGGUGUCGAGCCGUGUCUUCAAGUUCUAUUAAUGGUGAUUCCUCUUGCAAGCUCUGUUCAACAUUGUGUCCAGAACUGUAUGGGGUCACUUUGGGUCCUUUUAAUGCAGCUAAUUCCGCGAUAAUCAUGGUCUGUGGACCAUGUAUUUUGAAAUGUCGCUCGACAGUCAUCCGAAUUGCCGACAAUGAAUCGUCAGAAGGAAUCGAUUCCCUCUGUAAGUGGUACAGUGUCCGAGCUAAAGGCGAAUUGGAUUUAUGCGAAUGCUCGUCUCCCGACUUAAGGUGCGACUUGUGCUUCACCGCAGAGUCCAUUAAACUCCUGUAUGAAAAGUUGAAAUUGUUUGAUUUCCAAUCGAAUAAGGAAUUGAUUCCUCUUGGAUCACCAUUGAUUCAAGAAAAUCUCCCCUGUGUUGUAUGUCAAAUGGCAGGUGAAAAUAUUCUCCGACUCAAUAAUAAGACAGUGGUCUGUGAGGACUGUACUUUAGCCUACAAGGCAGCACUCACUCUGCUUUCAGUUAGAGGUAAAGAACACGAUCUUUCGGAUCUUGCCUUAUUGGCUAUUCUUGUGGCCUUGCCCUGCAAAGACGUUCAUCAUCCAAUGGACCAAGUACCCCUCUGGGCUGUGUGUCUUCCUUGUCAUGCUCGAAGAUGUCUUCGUUUGCUUCAUCCUCUUGAACCUAGUCUCGGUUGGCCCUCUUGGCUCAAACAUCGUGCCCGACUUGUAUUCUACAACCCUUCUAGUUCUGAAAAUAAUGUUACUCUAUGCGAUCUUGAUCCUACUAUGUCUUUAGUUUUGAAAAAGCACAAGCAUCGUAAACGCCUCUCUGUCGUAACUAACUUAGUCGAUAGGGAGAAGGCUGUGGAAAGCACUGGGACAAUUCCCCUGGUGGCCGAACUGACCUUUCCAGAGACGUUUAAAGAAGUAGAGAGCUCCUUUAUUAGCCACGAUUCUUCCACUCCUUCAUCAAUCCACGCAGUUUCCGAAUCUGAACCCGAAGACCAACAUGAGGAGAAAGAAAAUGUGGAAGAAAAGUUGAAGGAAUCUGCGUCACCAAGUGCGUCUUCCAGUCUUCGAGACCGCAGAAGUCGACGUCUUACAGCAAGGUAUGUGGAAGCUUUGAAAGAAAAGGAGUCCGCAGCUACUGCUAGCACUACGACAAAGCGUCGUAGACCUAGAGAUGGCAGUGAGAGCAUCGGAACACUUCGUUCCCUCGCUUCCCCCACGGCUACAAUUUCAACUGUCGAAGAGGAAGAUGAGGAAAACCACUCCCGACCUUCCAAGAGACAGAAGUUAGUUGAAUCUCCAGAGAAGCCAGCUAUUGUUGAGGGCAAGAGGAAACCAAAGGCAAAUGCAAAGUAUCUUCAAGGCGAUUUUGUCACUCUGGAUUCGACGGGCAAAUGGGAGAGCGGUGGAGUUUCCUAUGCCGACGGUGAUGACGUGAAAAGUGAUUUAUCUUUAGAGAGUGGCCAAAACCGAAAACAGAAUCGUCGACAAUCCGCACAACAGCCGCAGUCCGUUGCUGGGAGAUCGGGCCCCCGUGUCAAGUUGGUUAAUCGAAAGCCUCCCCCAAGUAACCAGCUCACCAGUCCAAUGUCCAUCAUGAAGCAUGCUGCCAAAUUGGCUGCCGUUGGAGCACAGAGACAGGAUGGAACAAGUCCCUUUAUGGCAGCGUCGGCAGCCACAGCGGAAGCUUAUAUCUCCGAUACAGGUUCAGUAGAUGGAGGUAAUCGUCUGAAGGCAGAUUGUGGUAACUGCGCUGCUUGUCGUGGACUAGCUACAUCCUGUGGUCGUUGUGUCAACUGCCGAAAGCAAGCCCACUAUGGGGGUGUUGGUUCAAGUGUCAAGAACCGUCCUUGCAUUGCGACUAUAUGUCAGCGCAGAAGACAUCUAAUGGCAUCAAAAGUAGACGGACCAAGGGUCAAAAUACCCUCCAAAUUCUCUCCUCGUUCCUAUCAGAAAUCGAAUUUGUCAAAACGAGUUGUUACUACUUCACCCGGCCUCGGAAAACAGCCCUCACUCUUCGAUACCGUCCCAGGCUUAGAGGAUCAGAUCAUGAAUAUCGCUUCUCCUCUCAUGAGAUCUGAGCUAAUUUCCUCCAAGACCAAAGCUGAGUCUACCUCCACCGCCCCUAUUCCUAUCGUGGAUGCUCCAGAAAGUGAUGAAGAGAAUUCGAUUGAUUCUACUGCUUCUCUUCCAAGUCAUCCUGCCGUCAAUUAUCCCACAAGAUGUCUGGAUGUUUAUGCCGAUGCCCCUGCAAGGUCACUUAGAGGUGGUGAUUUGGGCAUGUAUUUUGAACCCCGGGACUCUCCAGAGGAUGGUACUGCUUUAAAAUCUGUUGUUCCUGUGGAAGGAGAAGUUAUCGACGCACACAUUGCCCAUCGGGGUGGCUUCCCUGUUAUUACUACUUUUGCAGCGGCCCCACCGAAAGAAAUCUGUUAUCUUUGUGGAUCCGCCGGUGUUGAUCUGCAAUACUGUAGAGUCUGUGCGGAGCCCUAUCAUGCCUUUUGUGAUCGAUUCCAGAGUAUAACGAAAGGGGAUAAGGAGAAUUUUGUAUGCAGCAACUGUAUCCCCUGUGAAGUCUGUAAUAUGCCCGGUGUGGAGCUGAGGUGCUCAAAAUGUCUUCAUGGAUACCAUCCUUCCUGUCUAUCGGGCUAUGCUCCUAUAAGAAACAAGGGCAAGGGAAAAUUUGUAAGUCCUCUUGCAUAA